AUGGCUUACGUUAAUGUGCAAGGCCCAAAUCUGCCAACUUUGGCAGAUUUGAAAAAUCAUCUUCGCGAAGAGCCGCUGUACCUCCAAGUAUUGGAGGAUUAUUUGCGAAAUGCGGCGCAUUUAAUUAAUGAUUUGAGAGCGAGGCUGGAGAGAAAUGAGCUUGAAGCUCAUAAUAAUAUUGCAACAGUUGCGGUCCCAAGGGCGGACUUAGGACAUCGCGCAAGUCCUCCGCCAACUCAGGAGCAAUUAGAAUUGUCCCGAGAGCUCCUGGAACACGAGCGCGAAAUGGAGCAAGAAGGUGAGGAUGAGGAGCGGCUCGUGUUCCAUUCCCUCCAGCAGCAACAACAUGAAGAGCGAGAAAUGGUAGAACCAGUACCGGCACUGGUUCAAAACGAAGAGGAGGAGGAGUUGGCGGAGCGGCGUCAG